UCAGUUUGAGGCACGCGCCUCCCAGAACGCGGACUGGUCCGAGAGCCUGCGCGCGAGCAGAGUCAGUCCGGCGUCUGGAGGCAGUGGAGGGCUCACGUGGAAGUGCAUCCGACACACCUCAUCCACGGGCGGCGUUUUGAAAAAAAAACAAGCCCUUGGCGGCGAAGACAUGCCUGCUACGAGCAUUUAAAAACAAAUAAAAUUAAAUAACCCGGCUUAAUUUGGACUAGUUUUGCCACUAAGUUGCCGUGUCGUCGUCUGGAAAUGAACUCUGACGACACUAUUUGGUCUCAGAGCAUUCAAGACAAGACCCGGUGCUUCUGCUUCGCUCCCGACCACACGAGAAGUUUGACGGGAGCAGGCUGAGGGGAAAAUACCUGCGCUUCCGAUUGGUCACUAAAUCCGGCGACGGUCAGCCACUUCGAGGCAUGUUUUAAAGGACAUCGAGGGUUGCAUGCCUCAGAUGGAGGACAGUGCUGAGGAAGAGCGCGCACAGGAAAAUGGACACAGUGACGGAACAGACAACGCACCUCGCACCUCCCCCUGUCUGAGGAUGUUCCUGGUAGCGUUGUCCUUUGCUUAUUUUGCAAAGGCUCUGUCGGGGAGCUACAUGAAGAGCACAAUAACUCAGUUGGAGAGACGCUUUGACAUCCCCAGUUACCUAAUAGGUGUUAUUGAUGGGAGCUUCGAAAUAGGCAACUUGCUAGUGAUAGCCUUUGUGAGUUACUUUGGAGCCAAACUCCACAGGCCAAAGAUCAUUGCAGUGGGCUGUGUAUUGAUGUCCAUCGGCACCUUCCUCAUUGCGCUGCCUCAUUUCAUUAUUGGACGUUAUGAAUUUGAAACAUCAGUUCGAUGGGUGACGAACUCAUCCAUCAACCCCUCCCCGUGUCGGGUGGGUUCCCCCGAAGACCUGACAAAGGAUGGGAAACACCCUCAAGGGACAUCUUCAGGUUGUGAAGGAGACUCUAAUCUGUCCAUGUGGAUAUACGUGCUCCUGGGAAAUGUGUUGCGGGGCAUUGGGGAGACACCUGUUCAGCCACUGGGAAUCUCUUACCUGGAUGAUUUUGCUACUGAGGAGAAUGCUGCACUAUAUGUGGGAUGUGUGCAGACCAUAUCUGUGGUUGGGCCUGUGUUUGGAUACCUUUUAGGUUCCCUUUGUGCCAAAAUCUAUGUGGACAUUGGAUUUGUAAAAAUGGAGACCAUCACUAUUACGCCAUCAGACGCCCGCUGGGUGGGGGCCUGGUGGCUGGGCUACCUCAUAGCUGGAGUCAUCACCCUGCUCUCCGCUAUCCCCUUCUGGUUUCUACCCCGCUCCAUACCUACAUCCAGGAACAGGGUUCCAAAGAAAUGCACUCAGGAGCAGACAAAUUUCAUUAAAGACUCUCCCCAUCAGAAGCACAAGUACCCAGCAGAUGAAGACACGAGCUUUCUAGAGAUGACAAAGAACUUCAUUCCAACCCUGCGAACUCUGCUGGCGCAUCCUGUGUAUCUGAUCUACCUAUGUGUGACGGUCAUCCAGCUCAACUCUCUCAUCGGCAUGGUCACUUACAAACCCAAGUACAUCGAGCAGCAUUUCAGGCAGUCCGCGUCAAAGGCCAACUUCCUGAUGGGUACGCCCACUAACUGCGUCAGCCUCAGAGACCGAAGCUUUGAGAGUAUGAUCAAUAUCCCCGCUGUGGCACUGGGUAUGUUUUCCGGCGGUGUGCUAAUGCAGAGGCUUAAAAUGAAUAUCAUGGGAGCUGCCAAGUUUGCCUUCACCACUUCUCUGAUUGGCUACAUACUCUCACUGUUCUUCUUCGUCAUGAGCUGUGAGAACGCAAAGGUAGCUGGCGUGACGCUGUCGUACAACAGCAUAGAUGAGAUAUCUUAUGACACACACUCAGUGUUCACAGGCUGCAACUCAGACUGCUUUUGCUCGUCCGCUGAGUGGGACCCGGUCUGUGCGGAGAACGGCAUCACGUAUGUUUCUCCGUGUCUCGCUGGCUGCACGACCUCCAUGGGCUCAGGGAAAAACACAGUCUUCUCAAAUUGCAGCUGUGUCGGCGCGGCCGGUAACUUUACGGCCAGUAUGGGUCAGUGCCCCGAUAAGGACGACUGCGACCAGAUGUUCCGAUACUUCCUGGCUCUCUCUGUCAUCACUUCCUUUAUCAUCUCUCUUGGGGGGACCCCAGGCUACAUGCUUCUCAUCAGGUGCAUUAAACCCCAGCUCAAAUCUCUGGCUCUGGGGUUCCACGCCUUAGCGACACGCACUCUGGCAGGAAUUCCAGCCCCCAUCUACUUUGGAGCAAUCAUCGACACCACAUGUCUCAAAUGGGGUCAGAAGAGAUGUGGAGGCAUAGGAGCCUGCAGGAUCUACAACACUACCGCCUACAGGAUAGCUUACCUGGGUCUGACUCUGAGCCUGCGGACUAUCUCGUUUAUCAUUUGCAUCCCGGGCUUCAUCUUGCUCAGUCGACAGCUGAAGAAGGAGGAGAGAAGUGCCAUGCACGGAGCCCUGACUAACGGUGGAACUGAACUGGAGGCGCUCAGGAGGGAGGAGUUUGUGAUUUCAAAUUCUGACCAAUUAGCACAAAACUCAGACAACAGCACAGUUAGGAACACCCGACUGUAACACAUCUGCAGGACGGACAUCUCUGGUCUCUUACAUGUGCUCGAGCUCACACACACACACACACACAGAGCUGUGUGGUGUGACGCUGUCUACAGGGGCACACACACAAGUGAGAUUUUCAGGGAAUCCCAGGUUGGGUUCAAUCAUCUCGUGUAUAGCAUAAAAUCUAUAUUUGUACUACUGAGCGUGUGCAGGUGUUGUGAAUAAGACACAUUUCAUAUACUUGCUCUAUUUCUUGAAUGUACAUGCUGUUGAUAUAUUUCACUUUAAUCCUGACGCGGAGAAUACACAACAAGUGUGAUUUGUGCAACUACUGCAAAACACUACGAUUAUGAACACCAGCAUUUCUGAGCUGCUUCUGUAGGUAUGAUAUACGACGGAGAGGCGUUUCCUGCAGCCAUUGCUACCAAACAGAGGAGGUGAGACUGCCUCAGGUGAGGCCCACAACCCCCCCAAAGCAGGUGAAAAGUCAAGCAAUCAGACUUUUCUGCCAGAUGUGGACAAACAUGCCUGGACAUGUACUUUAGUGACUUUAAAAAGGACUUGAUGGGAUGAUGUGAUUUACAGUAUGUGCCUCAUUCACUCAACAGUUACCUCUGACUACGUGCUAGCAGUCUGAUCCCACAGGUUUUGAAACAUAGACAUUCAAACUUUUUUCAUUCCACUUUUAAGAUUUCAAGCUGAAUAUCUUCAUGGAAAAAAAAAAGAAAAAGAUUCUUUCUGAAUGACUUUUAAACAUUUGCCUUUUACUUAAAGCCCAAAUUUUGGUCUGAUUGUACUUGCAGUUUGUUUCGUGUUCUUCUGGAUGUAAACGUAAUAUUCCUCAUUUAAAGAAAAAGAAAAAGAAAAAAGAAAGUUGUGUUUUGUUGUAACGUGCUCUUACAAAAGAAAACUGGAAUUCAGUGCCCCCCCCAUACAAAAAAAACACACACAAAAGGCCCUCUAACUCUUGCCUUUGAAAAGCAGAAUUAAGGAAAAGGUUUUCUAAGAAAAUAGAACACAGAAAGCUCUUGUGAAGGCUUAAAAUUAGUAAGAAGUAUCUCAGAGUGGUUUGCCAGAUUGUGGUGCCUUGGAAGAGGCAGAGUUUGUAAUGCUGAAAAUUAAAUUAUUGGUAUACUUGUGCUGUUUGAGUCUUUUCGGUGAAAAAGUCACUGCGUGUUACUGUUGCCACAGGAAAUGUUUAUUUAUUGCUGAUUUCUUAGAGGGUGUGUAGGGUCUGUUCCCACGCCCGCAACCUUUGUUACAUGUGCUUCAGUGUUCAGGUGUUUGUGUUUUUUUUCUUUUUGUAUGAAAGAUGUUAGCUGUGCCAAAACCCUGUAACAAUGUAGUCUCCUCUCAGUUUUUUUUCCUCCCUAAAUCUAACUUUUUAAUAUCAUAUAAGGCUAAAUUCCAAAAGAAUGGACGACACAUCUGAAUCGUUAUUAAGAGUUAUUGUUUGAUCUUUUCUAGAGGCUCAGGAAACCUUAAACCCCAUUACAAAAUGAGAGACAUUCCAGGAUGUCCGGUCCCAAAGUCAAGCUAACUUCUACUACUAGAGGCCAAAAGACAAAUAGAAAAAAAGAAACCACAUGCCAUUGCUAUUACAUAUUGGAAAUUUCUACAUUGAACAGGAAUGACAAGGUAUUAUUUAACUGAUGCCCAGCUUGAAAACAAUGCACAGGUACAGUUUUCCUGCUCUUUUACCAUCAGUGUUAUUACUUAAAGAAUGAAAUUAUGAAAAAAUGUACACAAAAUGAAACUCCCUCCUUUUGUCUUGAUUUCACACAGUAUAUACAUUUGGACCCUUUUAGGUUUUCCCUCAUUUACAUUUCAGAUUUUGAGUUCACUCUAGACUUAAUAUUUAUAUGCAAAAUGAAUAUUCAUAGAUCCUCACAACUUAGCUAACAUUUUUGUAUUGUUUUGCUUUUUCACAAUGAAUAAAAGACUGAAAAACCAUCCAUCUUGUAUUCUUUCUGAGAUUUAAAAUUUUGACCCAUCUUGUGACUUAAGUUUGGCACAGGUGGACCCCAGUCCUUUUUUUAAUGUUUUUUUUUUUGGCAGAAGCCAGGA